AUGGCGGCGCCUACUAUGGAAUCAACGUCAAUAUUGACUAGCUUUCUACAAUAUCCACCGGUAUCUUUGGUUGACGAUAUAAUUAAUGCUGUCAAUGAAAUAAUGUAUCGAUGUACCGCUGCCAUGGAAAAGUAUUUAAUAAGGAAGAGUAUAGUUCAAGGGAAAGAUUAUACUGAAGAGAUUAAGAUCGGGAUGGCUAAACUGGAAACUCUUUUGGAAUAUUCCGUCGAUAAAAAUUUCGAUAAAUUGGAACUGUAUAUUUUAAGAAAUGUGCUACGAAUACCACAAGACUUAUUAGAUACAAAGAAAGAUGUGUUUAGGUUACCAUACCAACGAGGUCUCGUUAUAGUAAACGAGAGAGAACAAAGAAAGAAUGAACUAGAAUUUCAAGAUACUGUACUGAAAAUUGAAGAAGAAUUCUCUAAAAAUAUUAAACUAAAAUCAGAAAUUAUAAAAGUUAAGAAACUCAUUAUCAAAGUGAAAAAAUUCAAGAACUUAGUACAAAUGAUGAUUCACUGUAAUAAGGAUGAAACGAAAUAUACAGAAAUCUUUAAUUCUUUAAAACCAUUAGAUGAUACCAUGAAAUUCUUAACAAAUCAAUUACAGCAAUUGUAUAUCGAUAGUGAGGAAAAUUGUUCUACAGAAGAAAUCAUGAAUAUAUUGGGAGGGAAAACGGCAUUGAAACAGAAGGAAGACGAAGUUCCUGACAGUAUGAUAAAUAAUGAACAGACAGAUAUUCUAUCUGCCCCUAGACCGAACUCCCGUUCACAAUAUAUCGAAUCAGCUACGCAAACGAUUUUAAAUUCCAUAAGGAGACAAAUAGGCGAAAUCAAUAUUAAAAGCAAUACAAUAGCAGUAGCUAUAGAUGAAAUGAAAAAUACAAGGAAAGAUACUAACGAAUUUGAAGUUGUUGUAGAAGAUGCUGAUGUUACAUUACUUAAGAAGAUAGAAUAA